AUGAACGGGUCGUUCAUCGAGCUGAUCAAGGACAUCAAGCGGGACGACAGCGUCCAGAACGUGGAGAGGAACUACGCCCUGUGCGUUAGGAGCCUGCGAGAAAUGGAGAGGAGGAAACGGGGCAAGGAAAAGGAACCGAUAUUCAGCCUGCUCACCUGCAGAGCGAAAGACAAGUCCAUCGCGCUGAUGAAGCUGCUCUACCUCCAAAUGCACGGAAGGAAAAUAGACCCCGAACAUAACUUCACCGUGAUGGAGAUGCUAACAUCCAGUAAGUAUGUUUUGAGGAGGCGUGGCCAUCUGUUCCUCCACCACUCCACAGAUAGGGAAGACGUGACGUUUCUUUCGAUUAAUUUAUUUCGGAAGGAGUUAUACAGGGAGAGCUUCCCCAUAGGGUCUCCCUCCGUAAAGACCAACGUCAUCAAUUCGAUUGCUAACAUGGGAUGUGCCAUUGUGAGGGAGAACAUCGGCAUGCUUCAAAGCUCUGCAAGGAGUUACCUAAUCAUAUCGGGGGUAGAGUCGAAUGGACCCCCUUCCAGGGGGCACCACUUCCCCAUUGGGGGAGAAGAACCCCCUCAUGAAAAGGAAAAAAAAAAACAAUUUACACACACAAAUUGUAUUUCGAAAGAGACAAAUGUGUAUAACACUGCUCUCGUUUUGAACACCCUCAGCAACAUUUGCACCUCCAUCAUGAGUAGCAACCUGCAUACCCAUGUGCUGCAUCUCCUGAAUAGCUCCCAAGUGUAUAUAAAGAAGAAGGCGAUUGUGAGCCUCUACAGAGUAGUCACGAGCAACUUAGAAACGUUGCCAGUUUUUUUAGACUCUAUUAAGAAGAGCUUCCUUUCUCUCUACAGCGAUGAGAGUUCAUCGUACGAUCAGCUGGGGAGGGACCAGAGGGAGCACGCCCACCGGGACAACACCACGCUGUGCUGCCUCAUUGUGAACGUCCUGGCGGAGGUCUUCUCCGCCCUGGAGUGGAGCUCCGUCAGCGGAGUUGGCGGUGGGAGCGGCGUUAGCGGAGUUGGCGGCGUGAGUGGUAUUAGCGGAGUUAGCCGCUCUUGCGGGGGGGGGGCGGCCCCCCACCUGAAGAAGUUCCUCGCGUUCAUCCCCCUCAUCUACAGCAUCCUGAACGAGCGACUGAGCCUGAUCGACAAUUGGAAGUUCAUCAAGAUCGUAAAGUUUUUGAGACAGCUAGUUAGGCACGAAAGUAGAAUCUAUAAAAAGUUCCUGCAUCUAAUUGUGCAUGUGCUUUUUACCAACAAGGCGAAGAGCGUCGUCUACGAGUGCCUCAGCUUUCUGCUGCUCCACUACCAGAAGGGCUGCGCGGUGGACUUGGACCUCCAGCGGUACGCGCCCUGGGGCGAGGCCGGCCCCGAGCGGAGGGGCGCCGGCAUCCGAGGUGAUGAAGUCUCCGGUGAUGGGGUGCGCGGGGAUGGGCUUCUCUCUGAUGGGCUUCGCGGGGAUGCCCCCCCCUCCCGGCCGCCGCCCGACUGCGUUGCCAAACUGCUGCAGCUCUGCUUCGCCCACCUCGCGGAGAACUUCCACAGCGAAGACAAAAACAUCGUCUACGUCACGACGAAGAUGUAUGUAGCCAUUUUGGCCUCCCCAGAUGUGCACCAGAAAUUUAUCCAACACAAUAUGAUGGAGGAGCUCUCCUCCAACGUGCUGAGCAGCCUCGACCACGACGUGACCAUCAGGAAGAGUCUCCUUCGCAUUAUUCACUACCUCAUGAAUGAAAGCAACUUCCAACCAAUCGCCUACAACAUACUCACGUGUCUUUAUGGGGGGACCGAAGGAGACUUCGCAGGAGAGUACGUAGAUGCCAUUUUGCUGUAUGGUCAGAAGAAGGGGCACUUAUUAAAAAAUAUUAAUUUAUAUGUGUUCCUUUUGUUUUACAUGCUGUGCAUGAAGAACCACAGGAAGGAGGCCGAGGUGGUUCGGGAGAUCCUCCGCGUGAAUGGCGGUCCGGGGGGGACCACCCACAUCACCACCAACUUUCUCAGCGCCAUGUACGUCGUGACGUAUGGAGCGGCGGUGCUGCGGCGCCAGCUGGGGGGGGAGAGAAGCGGUAUAGGUAGCGGUAUAAGCAGCGGUGUGCGAAGCGGUGUAAGCAGCGGUGUGCGAAGAGGUGUAAGCAGCGGUGUGGAUAACCAUGUUGGCGGCCGUGUGGGCAAAAUCUUCCCCCGAUUUACCGCCCCGCUUGCCUCCCCGUUUUCCCCCCCACCGGGGGACCCCCUCGGAGAAACUGCACUCGGGGAGAGCCACUCCUCGGAGCUGAUGAACCAAAUGAGCACCCUCCUCCAGGAGGCCAAACCGAUGGACGCCUUUGCCAGGUACGACCUACUCGAGUACAUCACAGGGACGCUACACAUGCAUGGAAGUGACCGGCACGAUCGGGUAGAAGACCCCUACAAAGACGUAACCCAAGUGGAGGUAGCCACCUUUGAGCACCUCAUUUAUUUUGUGUAUGCAUAUCUGGAGGAGGCACACCACCAGAUAAAGGAGUACCAAAACGAACACUUCUUGAAGGUCUUCUUUUUCAGCCUCUACCUGUUCUUCACGCAUUUCAGUGUCGCUAGCAUUCUCUGGUACGUUGCAAAAAUCUUUUUCUUUUUUUACCAAUACGAGGGCAGCAGAAGGUUGGUUCGUUUCUACAUGAGCAAGUUGGCUUCCCAUGUGGGUCACCUGCUUGGGAAACGGAACAUCGUGGAGACGGUGGACUGCUGCGCCACUUUGAGGAGUUUGUUUUGCCUCGUGCUGAAUGGGAAGCAUGCGGGGGGGGGACCCACUGGCGAUGACUCCACUGAUGGGGAGGACUCCCCCACUGGAGAGGACCCCUUCAAUGGAGAGGCCACCAACAGGGGGGUCAGCCUCUACACCUGCGUCACGGACUACCUCCAGCUGGACCCCUCAGAGGAGAGCUUCAACUUGGACCGCCCCUUUAAGUACCACGACGCGUUCUUUUUGCACCCCGGGGGGAGUCCUUCGGGGGGAAGUUCUUCGGGGGGAAGUCCUUCGGGGGGAAGUCCUUUGGGGGGGAGCCCUUCCGGGGAGCAGAGACCGAGUGCCAGCGAGGUGACGCUUCCCCCGGCCGGGGCGGGCAAAGUCGCGUCCUCCGCUUCGGCGAUUACCACUUCGGGGGGGACCGCUUCCGGGGUGAUCGCUUCCGGGAUGACCGCCUCGGGGGGGACCGCCUCCGCCUUGACCGUGGACGAGGCAGCCAUCGCCGUUGCCGGCAGCCGCGAACUGUGUGCCAACGGAGACCUGCAAUCUUUCCUGCGCGAACUGAGCGAGGAACAGAGCGAGUGGAGACAAAGAGACCAGCGGACCUUCCACCAGGUUAGCCAGAGUGCCCACAUGAAGUUAUAUUUCCAAGUGCAUCAAGAUGAACGUCUCCUCCGUUUGUAUUUCCAGCUGGUGGGAUCUCCUGUAACGGUUCAAAAUCUCUCCGUGCGUACGUCUCUCCAAGUGAUUAAAUGCCAGGUGGCAUUCACCGGUGAGGAAGAAGAGCUGCUUCUGCUGGGGGAUGACCAGAUGGCCCAGGAUACCCCCACCUGCGAUGAAUUAACAAGCAAACGACAUGCCCAGGGUGGUCCUCUCGAGAGGAAUCACUCCGAAAGAAUUAGAAGCGACAACCUAACUGAAGUGACCUCCAUCGAAAGGGUCCCCAAGAGUUUUCUCCUUAGUACCCACUUUGAAAUUCCAUCUGGCUCUGUUAAGUUGGCCUACAGCUAUUGGUGUAACUCUACUCUCCAUGAAGAACCAUCUGUUGAGAUUCCAUUCGUGCCUCUCGAGCCGGCGGCCCUAUCGAUAGACGAGCUUACGAACGUGAAGAAGCGAAGAGGCGUGCACCGAAUCGUAGCCGAAGAGAUAACAGUCGACGAGGAGACCCACCCAACCGAAUUUAUCUUCAGUUGUUUUGUCUUCCUGGCAGAGCACCUCCAUUUGUUUUUUUUUAACAUGGGGAAGGUUUUUUCCAACUUACGGUGUGGCUGCUGUGCGGACACGCUCCGCCUCAUUUUCUGCGCGGCUCGCACGUCCAGCCGGGAGGCCCCGCCAGACAAGACGGUGCUCCUAAUCAACGUGCACCACAGGAAAACGGGCCAGGCGGGCGACCCCACCACCUACAGGGUCGAAGCGAAGAUGAAGGUGCUCAACGACUGCGAGGAGGAGUGCGUGCGGAUGCUCAACUACGCCGAGUUUCACCUCACCAAGCUGCUCACGGGGCGGCUCAAAAUAAGGUCGCCCCGCAUUGCGCUCACGCGGGGGUGAGUAGGCACACGAGGAGGCAUACGAGCAGGCAUACCCUUAGAGAUACACUCAGGCAUGCAUGCCAACCACGCAGCAUAGCCCAUGUGGCGCUACGAUGGCCGGCCCGCAUUGUUCGAUUGGCAUCCGCCCCUGGGGAUCUCCAAAUGUAGGUUGUGUCCCACUCCGUUUGAUCUGCCGUCUGUCCACGCACGCACACCCCGUUCCGUCGCCCCCCCUUCCUCCCUUCCCUCCUUCCUUUCCUCUUUUCUUUGUCAAAAGGAUUUCUUAACUGAGUGAGCUUCUCAUUUUGCUUCUCUUUUUGCUUCUCAUUUUGCUUCUCUUCUUUGAGCGAACCCAAUGAACCUCUUUUUUUUGUAAAAUGAAUGGUCC